UGUAAGUGCGCCCUUUUCUGCGGCCUUUCCUGUCCUGCGUAUUUUGCCUUCGGCUCGACCAUUAUGCUUGGUAACAGUCAUCUCCUGCCAAUGCAUCCUGCAGGCCGCAGCUUCCUGCUUGUCCACAGGUCGUCUUUGCCCAGACCAUAAAAGCUAAUGUGCACAAUAAGCCAAUUGCAUAGAUCGUCUCUAAAAUCCCUCUUGUGGACCAAGAUUUGAAAAAAAAAAAAACGGAAGCAUGAGCGUGGACAAGGCACUUGCCCGCCAGGCCGCCUGGAACUCCCAAGUCGCCCAGAGCGACUGCACAGACAAGAUCAUCGUACAAAACCUCGCCGUUACCGUCAAUGCCGGCACAGACGUCUGGGGCCGUAAGAAGAAGCAACGAGCAUUCAUAAGUGUCACUGUCACCCUUGGUAACCACUUCGCCUCUGCAUCGUCGACAGAUACUGUCGAUGAGAGCACCGUCCAUUAUGGUACUUUAAGCAAGGCGAUUCAAGGUCGUAUCCAAGACGACAGUCUGGAGUGGAUGAGCACCGCGGACCUCUCGGUCGCCAUUGCUGGCAUCGUUCGCACAGCUGCUGGCUCAGCGCCCAUCUUUGCAAUCGAGACAGAUGUCUGCUAUCUGAAAGGCAGUAUGUUCGGCGACGGAGCCGGCCACCAAGCAUCCAUUAUCACGACAACCGGGAUCUACUGUAACGUACUAUACCUGCGAAAUGUCCGCAUACCAUGCCUGAUUGGCAUAAACUCCAAUGAGCGACUGCAGAAGCAGCCAGUCGUUGUCAAUCUGUGGGUCGACUGCGUCCCUGCAUCUCGUGUGGAUGACUACGCAGCGCUGGAGACUGCACUUUUUCAGAUCGUCUCGGCGACAGAGUACGAGACCCUUGAAAGCCUCUUGGCAUUCGUUGUGCAGGAACUGAAGGUCAAAUUCUUCACCCAGGAAGAGGACCAGAGCGCAUACAUUCGCCUGCGGAUGGAGAAGCCGAUGGCGGUACCAUUUGCGGAUGCUCCUGCUGUCGAGAUUACACGCCCAUUGAGAGCCAUGUAGGAAAGUGGUCGAUGCACGGCAACACAACUGGUCAAUACUCAAGCUUGAAGAGCUACAACAACGUAUCGCUAUCGCAAACUUACUUGGGAACCAGAAGUCCGUCCCUGAUAUGGCAUGUGGCUCGUGCCGCUGGUUGUGCAUAGGCGAGCACUUUACAGAGCAAGAAGUCAAGCUAGAUUAUAUCGAAAUAGAUUUUCUGUGGAUGGUGGCUGGCUGGCCAUUUGCAAAUUUAGCAAGACUAUCAAAUGCUAAAAACCUAUACUUAUGACAAGUCACGAGACCAAGAGCACAUGGCUCUUUAUUUAGUCGCAGCACAAGAAAUUAGAUUGUUCCAAGGGCC